CUCUCCAGUCCGCGCCUCCACUGGAAACGGGAGCACGCCACGUGAAAGUAGGAAGGGGAGGCUAUAGCCGGAGCGACGUCGCUUCGUGCGCUUCAGUCGUUCGUGGACCUCGAAGGACGAUAGAGGUCGAAGAGGGCACUUCCUCCUCUCCUUCCUCACGGCGCCACCACCAUCACCUUCUCUACCAUCUUUCCGCGCCUUCGGCCUUAUCCUUCUUAACCGGUGGCGAGAGCACGAACGUCGUCUACGCACAAUAAGAUAAUCGUUCGCAGCCGUCCGCCUACUAAAAUUGACUUAUAACGACGUCGUUGAUACACGACCGUGGCAAACGUCCGAACGGAUCGUCAACAGUACGAAGGAUGCAUCGUCACAUCUCCCUUCUCGUUGGGAUCAUCUUGCUGUGUUGCCUCCAAGAUUUCGUGACCGGCGCCUGUCCCCGAAUAUGUCCGCCAAGCGGUGAACCAGUCUGCGGUAGCGACGGAGUGAUCUACGCGUCCCAGUGUGAAAUGCGGAAGAAGAUGUGUGGAAAAGGCGUGACCGUGGCCACGGAGAAGAUCGCUUGUCUAAGAUCGUCCGGUAGCAAGUGCGAGCAUCGUUGCCCCGGCGAUCAGGAUCCGGUAUGUGGCACCGACGGCCGCACGUAUCUCAACAAGUGCAUGCUCAGAGUCGAAAUCUGUCGAGUCGGCAUCGAGCUGUCCCACUUGGGCCCCUGCAACAACAUCUCCGCACACAGGGAGAACUGCCCGGUCUCCUGUGACUUUGCACCACUCGACGGUCCGAUCUGUGGAAGCGAUGGCAAUGUCUACAAGUCUACAUGCCAAAUGAAGCUGCUCACCUGUGGGCAAGGCGUAGUACGUACGAACAAGAAGCACUGUCAAACCACGAGACAUUGUCGUGAAUCGUGUUGGCGCGGUGCCAAGCCAGCCUGUGGUAGCGAUGGAAUCCUCUACUCGAAUACCUGUAAAAUGCGAGCAAAGAACUGCGGCAAACACGUGUUCGAAGUGCCGAUGUCGUACUGCGUGUCGCUGGAACGGACGUCCGGUGGCCAAUCGAACGCCUGUCCUUUGGAUUGCAAAAGCGAGCCGGAAGUUCCGACCUGCGGAUCAGAUGGAAGCAUAUACAAGAACGAAUGUGAAAUGCAAAUGCUUAAUUGCGGACAAGCAAGAAGAAAAGUGACAGUGGUAGACUUUGAGAAGUGUCGAGCUCGUUUGACCAAGUGCAUGAAACAGCAGCAAAGAUGCGGGAACGAGGUGGAUCCAGUUUGCGGAAGCGACGCCAACACAUAUCCGAAUCAAUGCCACUUGAACGUGGCGGUUUGCUUAAAGGGUAUUCAAUUGGCUCACGUCGGAGAGUGCACGACCUUGAAAGAGACCGAACAGUGCCCCGAAGAUUGCAGCGAGGUACCUGAGGAACCAGUUUGUGGAAGCGACGGCAACGUUUACCGAUCCCUUUGCCAUCUGCAGCGUGAGACAUGCGGUCAGAGGGUAGUUCAAGUUCCAGCACAGCAUUGUCGCACUACUGCGCUCUGCAACCAGAUCUGUAGUGGAGAGCGGCAGUUUGUUUGUGGUUCCGACAACAAGCUUUAUCGUAACGAAUGCGAAAUGAAGAGGGACAAUUGCGGGAAACACGUGUACGUGGUGCCUAUGAAGAGGUGCGUGCAAGGUUUCUUGUUCCGUGGCUGCCAAAAGAUCUGUCCACCUUACUACGAUCCUGUUUGCGGCACCGACGGCAUGACCUACAGCAAUGAAUGUUUUUUGGAAAUUGAAAACUGCCGCAGUCGAAGCAUAGUUACAAAGAAAUACCAUGGAGUGUGCGGGCAACCGACUGAAGAACCUAAGAAUUAUUUGUAUUAACCUGAUCAAAUUCUAUCUUCAUGAAAAUGUGUUUUUAAAAAAGUAUUUUUUCAAAAACUGUCGAUUUCAAGACGACUCGUAAAUUAUUAUAAGAAAUGAUCGAAUCAUAUUCUUUCAAGUAGGAGUACGAUCUUCCCGUAAGGUACUGUUAUAACGACCGAACGAUUUAAUCGAAAGAAAGUAUCGAUUUUUGCACUUCGAUCGUAUAUUUUUACAAUUUUUUCGUCUUGAAGUCAAAUUCGACAAAUUUCUUGAAUAUUUACGGAAUUUUGAUACGAGGUGUCCGCUUUCUGGAGGAAAAAUAUUUCGAGAAACGAGUAUCCCGUUAAUCGUAUACCUAACUCGACUUAUGAUAAUGGACAAGAUUCUUAUUAUCAAUUCCGUAAUCGAUCAUAUCGAGACUAGUAAAUCCAUUCAAAUGAAUUCUCGUAUUCGUCGUUCUCGAUUUUCGAUCGCUAAUCAUCCGAUCGAUUGGACCAAGACUGCAGUUUAUAGCCACUAUUCGCGGUACGUGCUUGGCAUUUUUAUCGAUCAUACAUGAACGCUAACGACCACGUUGAUUACCAAGUAUCUAUAUUUAUUUCGCAUUCUUUCUGUUCUUGGAUUGAAAACGAUAUAAUGUGGCAUUCUUGCGUGAUACGAUAUUACGAAUUUCGUGCUAGAUCGAUCGUGCGUUUGUGUAACCCUUUCGCAUCUUCGCAUAUUUCUCGCCGGUAAACUCAUGUCUUAUUUAUUGUAGUAUUAUUAUUGAUUAUCGUAUCAUCUUUGCAUCAUUCUGUUUAUCGCUACUGCUACCGUAACACGAAUAGUUCCAAAACGUAUUCUUAUUCUAAUUGUAAGAAAGUAUUUAGCUACAUUAUAUGUAUAUCUCUCUCUUUUUGACAUGUGAUGUUCAUACUAUAAUUAUUCUUCUCAUCGUA